CUGGAUACCACGGCGGGGGCAUGAUAUUGAUCUGCCCAGUUUUCAGAACACUCCUCUCCCUCGGGUCGGCCGCAAUUGUUUUCGCUCAAGUCUGUUUGGGGCGGCGACGCUUGAGGUGAUUGACUUCGACUGCCGGCAUCUUGCCCCUGCAGCUCCCCCCGACAAGCAGGUCAGCGAUAGCCGCCGCAGCGAGAUGGCGAGCCACGACGCGGGCAUGCGGAGCGAAACCAGCUACGAGGACAGCUCCGACGCGGGCGCCUACGCCAACACAGACGCCAACCCUCUCAACGCUCAGGACGUGGUUCAGGCCGUUUUGGAUGAGGAGCGAGUGGAAGAGCAGGGGGAGAGCGACGGCCUCGACUUUACCGAUGAGGACAUCGAGGCCCCGAGGGCUCAGAUGCAUCUUCGCGCUCGCGCCGGAGGGGCGGUGGUAUUCCCAGCUCCGGCGGGUUCCCUGCCCGUCGCUGGCGAGCUGGUGGUCGCCCCCGCAAUGCCGGCGAACACCGACGAGCGAGCGCAGAUCGACCCGCCAGGCGUGUAUUCAGAGCCCCGAAUCAUCAGGGGUAACUCGGGUCAGGGAUAACUCGGGUUCGUUUUCCGGGAAUCCAAACCCGAGUUACCCCGGACCCGAGUUACCCCGGAUAACUCGGGCGUCCAGAGCCCCGAAUCAUCAGGGAUAACUCGGGUCAGGGCUAACUCGGGUCUCUUUUCUGGGAAUCCAAACCCGAGUUACCCCGGACCCGAGUUACCCCGGAUAAUUCGGGCGCCCAAUGUAUGCUGCCAGCUGCGAAGCCACGGCGCCCCCCGGCGCCCACCCUCGGGCGGUGCCUUCUGCGUCACCCAGCCGUGGCCGGGGUUCGGGCGCAGCUGGGCAGCGGGCUCGCUUGGAGAGGGCCGACCUUCAGAGCGUGAAUUACCGACCCCGCUUUCGCUUCCAGGCAAAACCAGGCCAUACCACGCGCCUCCUCGUCAAGCGGCCUGACCAGUACAGUCUGCGAUUUGGCAUCGUUUGGUAUCUCUUGGAAGCGAGGGUGGUCAAAAGCGAGGUAGGUUUGUUUUCCCCUCAGACUUGCCGCUGAUCAGGGUCCUCAAAUUCUUGGAUGUGACGGUCAGGACGCGGUUCUCCGUCGGCGCUUUGGACGGCGGCAUUGCGGUGUUUCGCGCCCAGACCGGCGGCACGACCGAGACCUCGCCGAAUGAUGUCGUCGUCACGGCGCACAACCGCAUCGCCAGGCUGGGGUCAGCGAAGACAUCGAAGCCGCGGUGACAAGAAAGGUCCGCGGCGGCUCGAGCUGGGACGAUGGCCAGCUCCAGUCGCCUCCCAUAGCUUGGCAAUGCCGGGGCUGCCUGACGCCUAAUCGGAACGGGCUGGUGUGCUUCCAGCGCGACACUGCCAAUCUUCUUCUCGCAGACGGUGGGCUCAGCAUCAACGACAGCACCGAAGACGAAGGGCUGGAGGACACCAUGCAAGGCGAUCCAGCACCGCAGGACGGCGCUGACGAGGAGUUUCUUCCCGUAGCUCAGGCGCCAGCCCUGCCGAUCGUGAUGGCCGCCGUCUUGGACAGGAAUCAGGUUAUUUGGGCGGGGACCGCGGGCGAGAUGGACAGCGAGACGGGAGACGACGACGACGACGAUGACGACGACGACGACGACGAUGACGAGCCGGAUCCCCCGGACGCAGCGCCGCAUACCGAGGCCGUGGAAGCCAGUUUGGCGAUCAACGGUCGCCCAGUAUGCCAGGGACGUCAGGCUCGGAGAUUCGCUCACGUCGCAGACUUGAUCGCGGGCUUGUCGGUGGACCAGAAGGUGGUGACCUCGCCCGCGGUUGACUCGACGACCACGGGGAACGUCUCGGCGACGCCGGGGGGCGAGCCGGGCUCGGGGUCGGCCGGGGCCCUGGGGCCGACCCAUCCUAUGCAGCUGGUCGAUGCCAGCGUUCGCAGGACGCCGUCCACUGACGCGGAGGACCUUGCCGAGCGGGACACCCUCAUGGGCGGCGUCGAGAGCGGGGCGGGGCAGGCCGCGCGGCAGAGCGGCGCGUUUGCGGCUGUUCCGCGCGCGGUGGCGGUUCAGGCCGACGUCGGCCUCCCAGCUUCUCCAGAGGGGCGAGGCCGCGACCCGCGGCGCUUUCGAGGCGUCUUGGCCGGGCAGUCGCCUUCGAGUUCGAGCGCCAUUGUCGCGGCAGUCGGCGGAGUGGCUGAUCAGGAUCAGAUCGACCAUCUCGGGCAGGCUGCUUCCACUCGACCAGACCAGGCCGAUGCCGAGACGAUGAUAAUCAUGAGUCAUGCAGGAGACGCUUGCCCCGUGGAGCCCAGCUUCGCGCCCCUUGAGGACGACCAGGCCGCAGCGCUCGUUGCCCUGGACAGUGGGCCAGAGAGCGCGGCAGCCGAUCGCCGGCAGGCGGUGGGCGGCUGGUCGCCCGCCCAGCCGCCGUCUUUGGGCCAUGCCGGUGAGCCGCGAGCUGUUGCCGACUGCCAUUUCCCAGAGAAGAUUUAUUUUCGUUUCGGCCGCCAGGGCGCAGGGUUGCGCGCCGUCGCGCGCGUGUUCGGCAGCUUUGGCGUGGCUGGGUUAACUCGGCGGUCGAGUGCCUCAACGAGAUGCGCGGGUGCCCCGCCCUCCCCCCGCCUGGCCUUAGUGACUCCGAGGCUCAGAGGGCAAGUGUCGGCGAACUCAUCGACAUCUAGCGCGCUGCGCGCCCGCCGCCGCGCGCCGCCGCGCAAGCCCUGCAGGGGCUCGGCGGCAGCCGCCUGGGCAACUCUGUCAGUUGCCCACGGCGGAGCUUUCAACUUGACCUCGCCCAUUUGCCCGCGCAGGGCGGGCCGGCCGACGGCGGGCGCGCGCUGCCAGGCGCGGCCCUGUAGCGCUGGAUGUCGCGACGGAUUUGCGACGCGAAGUCGGUCUAGACACUCCCAUGGCACCCCCCAUUAUUCAACCUCGCAGUGAUUCCAGCUUGGUCAAGGACGAGGCUAAGUUCACCAAUUUCAGCGUGCAGACGCCGCGCGCUAACGUCAUCACCCUCAGGCCAGAGAAGAAUGCCACGGUGGCCAUCUUUUCUGUGGCCAUGAAGGAUGGGCGGCUCUGCAUGAUCCUCGACGCCAGGGCGGUCAAUGACAUUUUUACUCAACAGCGAAGACUGAUAGGUUUCUAGUGCGGUCAAAAGAGAGCAUCCUGGUCCCCCAGGGGGGUCUGGGC